CUUGAGAUGAGUAUGGAUGUGAAACCUGAAACAAGUCAUCAACCCGACAAAGUUGAUAAGUGUCUUGAAGUACUCGAUGAGACCGUGAUGUUACUGGAGCAGUGCUUGAAAUUAGCAUGCAAGUUUAUCGGUGACAAGCAGUCUACAUGUACAAAUAUUGCUGAAGAAGAAGAUGGAAGAAGGCAAGUAAUUGAAGAGAAGGAAAUAAGCGAUAAAAGUACACCAGUAAUGCGAUUUACAAAAAAAGAUUGUGGAUCAAAUGGUGCUGUUGUGGGAGCAGAGAGUCAAAAUGCAGUCACCGUAUUAGGAUCAAAAAAUAUCGAUUUGAUUUAUUAUAAAGAUGAAAGUCAAAUGCCGGAUAUAAUGCGACUUAUCACGAAAGCUUUGGAUGUCAAUGCAAAUAAAUACGUUGGUGCAAUCAUUUGUAAGCUUGAAGUGUGCCGAGAUGGUGAGCGACGCGGGUAUAUUGCAAUGUUAGCUGUGGAAGAAUCGUAUCGAAAAAUGGGAAUAGGUACACGUAUGGUGCAGAAAGUAGUUUCGAAUAUGCAAACGAUGGGUUGCAGUCAGAUUGUACUAGAAACUGAAGUCACAAAUGCCGAUGCACUACGUCUAUACGCUAAUUUAGGAUUUAUAAGAGAAAAACGACUAUUUCGGUACUACUUAAAUGGCGUGGAUGCUUUCAGACUUAAGCUCUACUUCACAAAUUUGAGCAGACCAUCAUCACCAGAUUUACCAUCAAAUAAUCAGUGUAUUGUCUGA